UUUAUUUAAAACGGUGCUGAUAUACGAGUGAUUAUUUGUACACAUACAUGUGUUAUACAUGUUUCGACUAUGAUCUACCUAUCAAACAUCGCGUUGUCGUAUACCAAUGUCGUCAUUUUGUUUCUCCAUUUGACUGAAACGUCACAUUCCUAUGUUAAUGUUGCCUUGUAUAAACCAGCAUACCAACAACACCCGGCGUACCCUGGCUAUGACGAAUAUGACGCCAGUAACGCUGUAGAUGGGCUCAGGUCAGACCUCAGAUGGGAGGGAAAACAGUGUGUCGUGUCACGUGGUUCUGAUACCGCCACCUGGUGGGUCAACCUGACCAGUAUCUACAGCAUCCAUCACAUCACGAUUUACUACAGAACAGAAGGCACCACAUGGGGUAGCAAUACAUUUUUACCGGCAAGCUUUUUGGGAUUUUCGAUCUAUAUCUCGAACACAACAGACAUUCUACAGGGGAAGUUGUGUUUCAAGGACAGGAACUUUACACUUUACACAAUACCUGCUGUCAUAACAGUCACCUGUCCUGUACAUGGACAAUACGUCAUAUAUUACAACGAGAGGCUCCCACGGGUUUUUCACCCAGACGGCUAUUCUGUGAACGCCUACAAUGAUCUUUGUGAAGUGGAGGUGUUCGGUUGCCCUACAAGUGGAUAUUAUGGAUCCAACUGCUCCAUCCCCUGUCCAGACGUAAACUGUCGGUUCUGUAACAUAGAGACGGGCACCUGCCAAGGCUGUAAACCUGGAUAUCAAGGUCAACGUUGUGAAUUAGAAUGUUCAAAUGUUAGGUUCGAGGACGGUUGUCACCGAGAUUGCGGAUAUUGUAGAAACAUGUCACUUUGUCACCACGAAAACGGAGCAUGCCCAAACGGAUGUGAACCCGGAUAUAAACAAUUCGAUUGUAAACAACCGUGUGACAAAGGAUUCUACGGGGUUGAUUGCAAUGAAACUUGUGGUAGUUGCCUCGAUGUCAGCCGAUGUUUCAACAUAAAUGGGACGUGUUUGACUGGAUGUUCUGCUGGUUAUCAAGGGGAAUUAUGUAAAGCAUCUUGUACCAGAGGAUCUUACGGCAUUCACUGCAAUGAAACUUGUGGUCACUGUUUCAAUGGUAGCCAGUGUUCAUCAAUAAAUGGGUCGUGUCCACGUGGAUGUGAUUCUGGUUAUACCGGGGACCUGUGUACAACAAGAUGUGCCGACGGAAAGUAUGGCAAUGAAUGCAUGGAAGAGUGUGGAUAUUGCCGUGAUGUGAAACAGUGUGUCCAUAGCAACGGUUCGUGUCUCACCGGAUGUAGUGAUGGUUUCCAGGGCGAACUGUGUAAAACACGCUGCGACAAAGGAAGUUACGGGGUUAACUGCUCAGGAAAUUGUGGAAACUGUGCAGACAUGAGCAAGUGCUUCCAUGUAAAUGGAACGUGUUUGACAGGCUGUGAGGCCGGAUUUCAGGGUGAACUAUGUAAAACACGUUGUGAUAGCAACCUAUACGGAAUUAAUUGCAAUGAAACCUGUGGGAACUGUCGUAACGACGACCAAUGUCUGAAUACAAACGGAACGUGCUUAAAUGGAUGUGCCGAUGGUUAUAAAGGCGACCUGUGUAAAAUUCCCUGUGAGAAUGGACGGUAUGGGGAUCAGUGUAGUGAAACUUGUGGACACUGUAGCGACGUUACCCAAUGCUCUCACAUUAACGUAACCUGCUUAACCGGAUGUAAGCCUGGUUACCAAGGAAAACUAUGCAAACCACUGUGCAAUUUUAAGUCCAACACAUCAAAAGAAGAGUGCGUAUUUUGCCUCGGUAAUUGCAAAGAUGAUUCACCUUGCACCAACUUGACAGGGGUGUGUGCGAACGGAUGUAAGAACUAUUGGACUGGGGAAUACUGUCAAGAUUGCACAGUUGGUUUUCAUGGAGAAGACUGUAAUAAGAAAUGUGGACAGUGUGUGGAUGGAAUACCAUGUAAUGUGUCAUCUGGUGUUUGUCCAUCGGGGUGCCAAAACUACUGGGUAGGACCUAUGUGUACAGAAUGUUUGCCAUACAAGUAUGGUCCAAACUGUUCGUUGGACUGUGGUCAUUGUAAAAAUGCUAGAUCAUGUUCCGGGAUGACUGGAAAAUGUGCAGAUGGAUGUCAACAAGGUUGGACAGAUGAUUUUUGUUUAACAGCGAUUUCAACAGACAUUUUAGUAACAAAAAGCGAAGGGAUAUCGACACUAUAUCUCUAUGCCAUCAUAGGUGCUCUCGCCAUGUUUUUAUUGGUAGCCAUUGUUGUCAUUUUCCUCAAGGUAGGACGGAAGUCUACAAAUCCUUACCAUAAACAUCCCACUGACGACGCCAAACCAAACCUUCAGAACGCUUCAAACAAUUAUGACAGCUUAAAACGACCCGGGGGAAUGAAUAUUUACUUCUCAUUGGAACCGAAAAAACAAGAGUCGCAUUAUGAAGACAUUAACAUAACCAUAUGAGAUCACAUUUAUAUAAACAUCGAAGUUCAAACACUUCCAUUAACAAUAGUUAGUUACCUAUUUUAGUUACAUAUUUUAGGAUAAAACUUAA